AUGAUCGUGCGACCGUCUUUUUGGGCAACUCUGUAUCCUGGAAUCGCUCGCAGAUUGAGAGAACGUGGAACUGAGAAGCAGGAGCCGAAGAAGAAGGACAAGCCAUGGAACCCGGCCACUUUCUUCUUCUGGAUUUUCAUUCUCAUAGGUUCCCAAAGCAUUAACAUGCUUGUGUUGCAAAAUGAAUAUCAAAUAUUUAGUCGCAAGGCCGAUGGCAAAAUUGCUCUACUGCGGGAGGUAAUUGAAAAGGUCCAGCGGGGCGAAGACGUGGAUGUAGAGAAAGUGCUGGGAACGGGUGACAAUCUCCAAGAACGCGAGUGGAAGGAAGUUCAAAGUCUCCCAAUAAGCCCGCCGCAUUACGAUCUUUAUCUAGACAGAAAAGUCCUUUCAACUACAACUCGUCAGAGCAGAGUGACACAAAUACUUGGCGAAGAGAUUGGAAACGACGGCUUGGACCUUGAUUUUUACACAGCCAACGGAAGCCACGGAACAAAAUUUCGAGCGACAGCUCUCAGCUGGAAGAUUGAGAUUGGUUACUGGAAACCUAUUUCCCUCAAAGUCUUGAGACAGCCGGAAAUGUAG